GGAGGCGGGCGGGAGGCGGAUCCUCCUACCUGGGGCGCGCUCGCUCGCUCGCGGCUCGCUCGCCCGGGCCGCGAGUCACCUGGGGAGGCCGACAAGUGCGGACACAUUGGCCGCCGCGGCGCUCGGUGAGGCGCGCACGGCCCCAGGCAGCUGCGCCCAGUGGAGGCAGCACCCGCCCGCCAGCCGCGCCCGGGCCCCAGCCCGCGACCGCAGGGCCCCACGGUAGCUCAGCCCGGCUCCGAGGUCGCGGCCCCCGGCCCCGGUCACUUUCCCAGGCGCACGCGGCGGCCGCGGCAGCGCCCCGGGCUCACCAUGGUGGCAGCGCGCGCCGAGUGCCCGCGCGUCGCCGGCCGCCCGAGCCGCAGCGCCGGCUGAACGCGGUCUGCGCGCAGCCCCCAGGCCCUCGCCCGGUCCCCGCCGGGCCCGCGCGUCCCCUCCGGCCGCCGCUGUCUAUGGCGCAGCCCCCCUCCCUGGAUCAUGCACAGAAACUUUCGCAAGUGGAUUUUCUACGUGUUUCUCUGCUUUGGCGUCCUCUACGUGAAGCUCGGAGCGCUGUCGUCCGUGGUGGCCCUGGGAGCCAACAUCAUCUGCAACAAGAUCCCCGGCUUGGCCCCGCGGCAGCGCGCCAUCUGCCAGAGCCGGCCCGAUGCCAUCAUCGUGGUCGGGGAGGGGGCGCAGAUGGGCAUCAACGAGUGCCAGCACCAGUUCCGCUUCGGGCGCUGGAACUGCUCCGCCCUCGGCGAGAGGACCGUCUUCGGGCAAGAGCUCCGAGUAGGGAGCCGUGAGGCUGCCUUCACCUACGCCAUCACCGCGGCCGGCGUGGCCCACGCCGUCACGGCCGCCUGCAGCCAGGGCAACCUGAGCAACUGCGGCUGCGACCGCGAGAAGCAGGGCUACUACAACCAGGCGGAGGGCUGGAAGUGGGGCGGCUGCUCGGCCGACGUGCGCUAUGGCAUCGACUUCUCCCGGCGCUUCGUGGACGCCCGCGAGAUCAAGAAGAACGCGCGGCGCCUCAUGAACCUGCACAACAACGAGGCCGGCAGGAAGGUCCUGGAAGACCGGAUGCAGCUGGAGUGCAAGUGCCACGGUGUGUCGGGCUCCUGCACCACCAAGACCUGCUGGACCACGCUGCCCAAGUUCCGCGAGGUGGGCCACCUGCUCAAGGAGAAGUACAACGCGGCCGUGCAGGUGGAGGUGGUGCGGGCCAGCCGCCUGCGGCAGCCCACCUUCCUGCGCAUCAAGCAGCUGCGCAGCUACCAGAAGCCCAUGGAGACGGACCUGGUGUACAUCGAGAAGUCGCCCAACUACUGCGAGGAGGACGCGGCCACGGGCAGCGUGGGCACGCAGGGCCGCCUGUGCAACCGCACCUCGCCCGGCGCGGACGGCUGCGACACCAUGUGCUGUGGCCGCGGCUACAACACCCACCAGUACACCAAGGUCUGGCAGUGCAACUGCAAGUUCCACUGGUGCUGCUUCGUCCGGUGCAACACCUGCAGCGAGCGCACCGAGGUCUUCACCUGCAAGUGAGGCGGCCACGGCUCGCGGCCACGGCGGGCGGCCACGGGCACCCUACCGGCGGCGGCGCUUUGCACGCCCGCCCCUCGCCUUCCUGCCAGCUCUGGGCGGGGUGGACGCAGAAGGUGGGCGCUCCCGGUGCAGCAGGGCGCCGGCCAGGGCCCACAGCCUCUCCUCGUGCCCCCGGGGGCUCCCUCCUGCCACCCGCUCCCGUCCCCUCCCCUGGCCCAACGGCGCCCGUGACCUAUGCAGAGGACAGGGCCGAGGUCCUGGUGGGCCCUGAGCGCCCAGCAAGCUCCUUUCCUCUCUCCGGGAAAGUGAGGCCCCAGGACGCUCCCAGUCGCGGAAAGCGAAGCGGUGACGAGACGCCGCAGGUCCCCUGCCCCACCUGGUGGCGCGGACACGGCACGGCCAUGCCGGCCGCUCGCUCGAGACUGCUUCCCCGGCCGCGUCCGAAGCGUGGCCCCAGGGCGGUGUGGACGGGUGUCGACGAGAAUUAUUUAUGUGUCCGUAGUCCGCGAGGAGGACUCUCAGCGCGGGCGCGUCGCCGGCCCUGACUGCGCUCUGUGUCGCCCCCGCGCACCCUCCCUGCUUGCUCUCCCCGCACGCCCGAGGCUGCCCAGGCAGUGGGGACCACGCCCGCCUGCAGCCCCUGAAGUGAGCUGGGCGGGGGCCUCGGAAGAGAGCCACGGACGGGGUCCCACAGCGCCCACCCUGCUUUUGAAGAUCAUGUCGAGCAAAGCAAAAUGUCGCCCAUGUCGGGUUCCAGGAGGGCCUCGUCCCCUCCUCAGUCCUGUCACCCUCCUGGCCUGGCACCUCCAGUUUACAGAGCCCCCCGCUCCCGCCCUGGAGCCGGCCGGACCCCGGGAGAGUGCUGCGCUGCGCGGGGCGGGCGGGCGGGGAGUGGGCAGGGAUGUUUGUCCUGUUGACAGAUGGGGACACUGAGGCCCAGUAUGGCACAAGGACUUGCCAGAGACCCCGGGGGUGCAGGUGGAGGCUCCCGCCUUGGCCUUGUGCCUUGAGUUACCCGACUGCUCCGUCUGGGGCCCGCACCCCACCUCGGUGCCUGUGAGGCCCCCCAGCCCUGUCCUGGCCCUUUCACCCUGAACCUCAUGCUGAGCAAACCCGAUCCAGGGCUGGACGUGUCCUUUCCAGACCCUCCCACCCCCCUCUCUGAGGAAACUGAGGCACAGAGGGAGGAACUUGCCCAAGGCCAGAGAGGAUGGCUUGCGACUGGCUUCUGGGGCACCCCCCCCACUGCCCCGGCACCCCCAGGGUGUGCUCGACGGCACCCGUGGAGAGGGUUCCUGGGCCGCUGGCCAGCCACGUGCUUGGACGUCACCUGGGCAAGCGACCCCCGUCUGGGCCCUGGCCUUGGCAGCCAGCCCGAGGGCCCCCCGCCGCGCCGGACACUCUGAGCCUCUGGGCCACUGUGAAUGCCCCACCCCCGCCCCGUCUCUUCACCCCCGCCCCGAGUCCCAGAACACCCCACGUCCACAGGCCCGGUGUCCUCUGCCAAGGAACCUGGUUAACUUAUGUUGUUAUAUAGCGUUGAAAUGUCUAUAGUGUCUUUUAAAUUAUUGUGACCUACACUGGGUACCGGAGGUGGGGGGUGGCUGCGGCCACCACCCCCCGAGCCAGGCUCCUCCUGCUUGCGUGGACCCUCGGGGGCCCUGAGGCCACCGAGUCACUGGCACUGUCCCUUGGCCGCCAGGCACCCCGCCCUCCCCAGAGUCUGUCAGCAGCGGGCCCUUCCCUGGGCGGGAGGGUCGGGGGGCCUGGGGGGCCCUGCCACCCUUGCCAUGUGCCGGCACAGUGGUGGCCAAGGUGCUGCAUGUCCUUGGAGUGCCCACGUCUGACGGCUGUGUUGCCAGCCUCCCGGGAGGGGAGCGCUCGGCCCAAUAAACGCUGGAACCAGA